AUUCGAGUGCGGUGAUUAUUCGAGGUUACUUUCGAAAACACGGAGUUUCGGAGUUGUAUCCCUGACUGAUGUUGACACUGGAUGACUGGAUGUUGAUACUUCGCAAUGUGACAUUGUCAAUGGCGAUUUCUUUGAGCUGUUCCUGAAAUAUUUCUGAGCAUUGUAUCGAGAAUGAGGAGUAGAGGUGGCCGACGUGGACGAGGGGGCUACGUUCAGCAGGCAUUUUAUCGACCCGUACUUGGUCAGAGAUUUGUUGUAACACACACACCGUUUGACCUUGUUAAGGCAUCAAUCUCAUUUCAAAGAGCUGCUCCAAAAGCUGAUGAGAAUGCGCUUACACAGGCUAUUUUGAAACGAAAUCAAGAGCUCACACCUCCAUCUCAUGAGCAGGCAGCAGUUUUGAACUUGGUCACAAAAAUCACUGAUAUUAUCGAUACACUGAUAGUUUGCCCCAAUGCAGCUGAUCUUGCAAUCGAAGAAAUUCGACCAGUUGGUUCAUACAAAAAGGGAACAAUGAUAGCAGGUCGUCCUGUAGCUGAUCUCACUGUAAUUUUGAAAAAGCUACCAACAACUGAUCACAUCCAGGUAGUUGCCAAUGAAAUCCAUGGCAAGUUGAAAGAACCAGAUCUAGGAUUAGAAGAUGUAUCUCUGCAAGUGACUGAAGGAGGAUUUACAUAUGGACAUAAUGGUAUUGUUGUUCGGAUUUUGAUUACAACCUUACCGAGAAAUCUUCAUGCAGCACGUGGAGAUUCUCAAGUUGAUUUAAAGCUUCUUGAAGGUGGCCUAGCAACAAUUCGCCACUCUCGAUGGUUUGAGGAGAAUGCUUUUCAUACAACCAUUCGUAUCCUUGUUCGUAUUCUUAAAGACUUGAAGAACAGAUUCAAUACUAGUGGUCUGCAAAAUUUAACACCCUGGCUUAUUGACCUUUUGGCUCAUCGUGCAACCAUGGCAAACGAACCAGUAACAAUAAAUGUUGCUUUCAGGCGAGCUUUACAGCUUUUAGCUUCUGGUCUGUUUCUACCAGGGUCGCUUGGCAUAAUUGAUCCUUGUGAGUCUGGAAACGUUCGAGCUCAAAGUGUUUUGAGUCUAGAUGACCAAGAUGACAUCACUACAGCAGCACAGACGCUACUAAGAUGCCUGUCUCAUGGUGCUGUGAAUGAAAUUCUUGGUUUGGUACCUGAAGCAAUACCAGCUGUUGCAGUUGACUCAGAAAUCACAAGUUGGGGUGGCGUAAUUGUUACACCCGGUUCCAAGGCAUACAAGAAAGAAGAAGAAAAGCCAGAUGGAGAAGAGAAUAUGGAAAGUGAUGAAGCCCUUGGAGAUGACACAGGAAGAUCCGCUUCAGAUAGGAUGUCCUUGGAAAAUUCUCAACCUGCAGAAGGCAGUUUGGAAGAAAAUAUGGAAACGACAACAUGAUGUAAAAAUCAUGAUUGGACACUACCUUUGCGGUAUUCUGAUAUAUACAGGAUAGAGACCCUGGUUUCCAUUUGUCUUUUGUUCUUUUUACAAUAAAGUAUUCUUUAGACAUCA